AUGCGUCGACGCCGCCCCUUCGGCGAGUCGCUCAUCCGUCUUUUCAAUUGUUUAUCGCGACAAUCGAGAAAUCUUGAAGCUGGUGACCGGCUUUCUUUGGGGUCUUCGAAACCGAAAAUCCUGAAAAGUGGUGCUAUCAACCGUGAUUCGGCAAAUUUUGACUCGUCAACGGGCAGGCCCGUUACGCGACAAUUGCCUGUAUUUAAUAAUCUUCGUGCCUACACUUCUUUUUUUCGAACGAACUCAGGAAUUGCAGAAUUUCUUGACCCUACAGAUUCCACAUAUCUCAGCGAUCGAAUUGCUCCUCUCCUAACAUAUACACUUUCAGACCAGACGGCCAGGGAAGCUCAAGUGCAGGCGCUUGGCUUACUUCAUGCUGAAUCAUCUAUGGAUUUAAGUUCGAAAGGCUCAAACACACACUCCUUGCAAGCUGUUUUGACCAACUGUCAGGUCUCAGUGGCAGAGAUAGGCACUACGACUGCGUUUCACGACUCAUUCAGCAAUUUUUCACGCAACUAUCGUCUUCCGACCUUCUUGGACGACUUCCCGAGGAACCGUCUUCAAUUAGGCGUUAAGCUGGGUGAGGGGGCUUUCGGAAUUGUGUACAAGGGCCUGGCAACAGAUCUUCCUCAAAGGUUGGGCCGAUCAGAAUGUGCUGUGAAAACACUUCGAUGUAAGCCCUUUUCAGCCGCCAGUAUUACUUAA